AUGCAGAAGAGAGCUAGGGACACUCAUGAUGAUGGUGAUGAUCAGAGAGAAAGCAUCACAGUUGGCCGACCAUUGAUUAUCCAGAGAUUUGGUGCAAAUGCGGUCAAUCGCUGGUCCCGCUCUAAGCUCAUCGUGUUUCUCACAGCUCUUCCCGAUAUUUUCCCUAUCAACUGGCGCAAUGAUCCGACAUACGUUCAGCCGUUGUUAUCAGCUUUCGCGAAUGCAAUCGAGGGGCCUGAAGCAGUUUUGAACUUGGCAGAUCUCAGUGGCGAUCAGGCUUACGAGAGAGUCCUAGGCAACAGGGAAGCUGGAAAUUUGAUGGCUACAAUACAAGCUCACUACCGCAAUUUACUAAGACAGCCCAACGCAGAGUCCCAAAGGACGAUCGACCAGCUUCGCAGCCAGCUCCCUCUAAAUAGCGCGGCAGGAAUGCCUAUAGCAAGGGCCUUGUCCCGCCUUGCUCCGGACGCAGACGCCGAUACUAGUUGGAUAUUCGAUCUCUUACGUGAAGCCACGAUGGCUUUCCUAGAUGUUCGCAUGAGACAACUGAGGAUGUUCAGCCGUUUCGGAGCCGACGGGCGUCAGCAAUUUGUUACACCGAUACCAGCUACUGCUGGUAUGCGUAUGGAACUAGUGAACGGUUUGAUCCAUGCAAGCAACCUGAGACUCGACGCCUUGCUGUCGCAGUACGGAGGUUCACCGACAAUGGGAGUAGAUUGGCCGAAGUACAUCGAUGGAAUAGAUUCUUACGUCUAUGCACGCGGCAAUAUAAACGAGGGACGCGGCUAUAACUUGGCACGGAAUUCGAUGCAAACGAUACAUAACAAUUAUUUCCUACCCUAUGCCAACAGCGUAAAACUUCUCGUUGUUUUCGCAAGGACACACCAAGGCGCAGUCCCCGAUCCGAACCUCAUCGCCACAGCCGACCAAUGCCUAGCCGCCCUGAAGGCAGAAUGUGAAACUUGCCAGCUGGGCAACCGAAUCAGGUGCAGCAGGCUCAGGAAUCCCAGGGACCACCAAAUCCGGGCCCAGGAUCUCAAGGGCAACAACCUUGGGGCCCCUGGUCAGGGCCGCAAACAACUCAGUAUUAUACACCUUGGGGCCAACCACAGUGGCCAGGACCUCAAGGGCAACCGCCUCAAUGGCAAGGGCCUCCAGGACAACCGCCCCAGUGGCAAGGGCCUCCGGAACAUCCCCCUCAGUGGCAAGGAUCUCAAGGACCACCGCCUCAAUGGCAAGGACCUUCGGGACCACCGCCUCAGUGGCAAGCUCCUCCGGGACAAACACCUGAGUUUCAAGGACCUACGGGACCAUCGCCUCAGUGGCAAGGAUUUCAACCAACUCGGGGACGAGGAGGUCCGUGGCCAAGACCUUAGGUGUAUCGAUUUCUUUGGAUUGCCACUUGAUCAACUUCUAUAUUUCGGACUGGUCUUUUCAAGACUCUAUGAGAUCUUUCUUACUAUGUAG